AAUGAAAGUGGAUUUGAGGGAAUAAAGUUUUGAGAAUAUUAGGAUAAGAAAUACAUCUUUAGUUGGUGGAAAUUUUGUAAGAUGCAUAUUCAAUGGAUCAGAAUUUCACAAUGUCGAUAUUAGUGGAAUAAAUUUGAAUCAAGCGUUAAUGUUUAAUUGUAAUUGGAAGAAUAUCAAAAUACAUGAGUUAAAUAAACUGGAUGGUCAUUUUGAAAGAGUUAAUUAGGUAUGCUUUUCUUCAGAUGGUAAAUCAAUAGCUUCUUGUAGUGAUGACAAUUCGAUUAUAUUGUGGGAUGCUAAGACAGGAAAAAUAAAAUCUAGAAUCAAUUACAAGGAUGUAGGAAAAUCAGUAUGCUUCUCACAUAAUACAAGCACAUUAGCCUUCAGCAGUGGAAGAUUUGUGUAUUUAUGGAAUCUGAAAACAGGAAAAUAAUAAGCCAAAUUAGAUGGUCAUGAAUAUUCAGUUAAUUCAAUUUGUUACUCUCCUGAUGGUACUACAUUAGCAUCUGGUAGUGAUGAUAAGUCUAUCCGUUUAUGGGAUGUUAAGACCGGAUAAUAAAAAGCCAAAUUAGAUGGUCAUUCAU